UAGCUCCGCCCUCAUUCUUUAGGCCUGACGUCAUUGUCGCGAGUGUUUUUUAUGAAUGAAAGAAUCCAGCCUCAGAGAGCAGCGGAGUAAUUCCGGGAAAAGGCGGACUGACAUUUUGUCGCCAGAGUCGCUUCGAUCCAGCAGAUUGUUUAUAUCUGUGUUGACUGGGGGAUAAAAACAGAAGACAGUUGGAUCAUGACAACAGAAAGAAAUACCAAAGCUCUGAAGGUGAAACAGGAGUGUGGUGAGAACGUGCCCUUCCUAUCGGACAGCGAGCUCAUGUCCCUCUCAGUCCGGGAGUUGAACCUCCACCUACGCGGCUUGUCCCGCGAAGAGAUCCAGAAGCUGAAACAGCGCCGUCGCACCCUGAAGAACCGGGGCUAUGCCGCCAGCUGCCGGGUCAAACGGGUCUCCCAGCGUGAGGCCUUGGAGCAGCAGAAAAUGGAGCUUCAGAGGGAGGUGGAGAGGCUUGGGGCUGAGAACGCUGGCAUGAAGAAAGAGCUGGAGGGGCUCAGUGCGCGCCUGGCUGCCCUCCAGAGAUUUGCUAGGGGUCUGGAGGCCGGAGGCGGCAACCUGCUGGCUACAGCCCCGCGCCUCAACACCGCCUCGGUUAUCACUAUCGUCAAGAGUCCACCACAACCUCACCCACAGAGAGAACAAGAGCCAUCCUAGAAGGAGCUGUUGCGGCCAGACUUAGGGUUGGGGGGGAUGCACAAACUGCAGUGCAAACACCUGAAAGAAUAGAUAUACUAUAACCACGUGGUGGAGAACAGGAAGACGAUAUUAGUAGGAAAACACUUGUCUGCAUCACGCCUCGUUCACAUUAUGCAGCUGUCAUUCAAUGCUGUGUGACACAGAGUGGUGUGUAACACACAACAGCUCCUCAAAGUUUUCCAAUGUAAGGGCCAGGAACAGUUAAAAAAUCAUCUCGGACUAGUGGAGGUGUCCUCUACUUAAUGCUGGGUUUAUGACACCAUGAUUAGUUGACUGAAAUUUCCUCAAGUGUGUUCAUUUAGAAAAGUUCAAAAUGAUGCAGCAGGUGUGAUGUGAACGAGGGGUCGAGCACUGAUGCACAGACCGCUCACAGUCCUGCCUCCAUCCACAGGGGGUGUAGACAUUGACUACAUGAACUCUGACUGAACCAGAGUUACUGUACAUCUCCAUUUCUCGACAAAUCCAGCUGCGGAUGCUGUCUGACUGGUACCGCUUCAGUUUGUGGCACCUGACCAACAGCGACACAC